UAUUGCCUGUGCUGUACACAUUAGAAGCGGUUCAAACAACCCUGGCCCUCUCCAUUGAUUUUCCCCAACUGUAAUGACAUGCCAUCACUUUCCCAGAGCCGAUGGCAAUGGAAUAAUCAAUGGGGUAUGGAAUGCUUUAUGAAGGCCGCCCCAACUGGGAGGGAAGUUUGGGGUUAACACUGCACCUAUUAGGGGCACUUGACUUGCCCACAUCUUACAACACACCAUACAUAUGCAUAUCCUUAGCAUUGAUAGUAUAAACAGCCUUGAUAAUAUCAACACUCUUCAUCUUAAAUUUUGAACAAGUUCCUUGUAAAUAAAUGACACUUAACUUUCAAAACAACACACGACCACAGAUGCAUAUUUAAUGCUGGAACAUUUUUCUCCCGUGCAUAUCAUGCCACUCGUGACAAACUGGAGUCUUGUGGAAAACGCUAUGAUGGAGUGCCCCAUUGUCUGGUAUAAUAUACCUGGGUAUGUAUCAUUACAGCUGCUGCCCCCUUUGUGGGAUGUGGCCUCUCCCGGGACAGGGUGACACGACUUGCCAGGCUACAUUCAACCGAGCUUGAUAAAUGACACGUGGUUCGCGCUUCUGAAUGGGAUGACGUCACCAGAAGCUUCCGCCCACCACCGUUAUUGAAGAAGCCAGUGAGUGAGUACAGAGGGAGACGGGGGCACUGCAACAGCCAAUCAAACGGCAAUGAUUGGAUAGGGUGAAUAUGAAAAUCAUUUCCUGCGGGUGAGGACUUUACACACCAGGCUAUCUGCUCCCUGAAGCUGCUGCUGGUCGCGGCUCCACUAGUUUUCAACCAAUACUCUGUAUCGGACUGAAGCCAGCUUGCAAUGGUCACGAUGGAGGCCCAGCCUACAUUGGAGCUUACCACAGACUUUCCAGAAAGUGAAUUCAUCUCCAAUCAUAGCAGUGAGAACGGGAGUAUGCCCAUAAUAUUUGGAACCUCACCUUUGGAACAGGCUUUGCAGGUUACUUAUGUCACCUUGUCGUAUCUUGCUACCCUAGGAGGAAACAUCGGAGUUCUGGUGGUGAUCCUGUCCUACAAGCGGCUCAGGAAGCCCAGGUAUUAUGUACACUGUAGUUUGGCCUGCUGUGACAUUUUCAUCACCACCGUCUGUAUCCCCACGGUGAUCGUCAACUUGCUGUACCGUGUGAACGAUCUGGGGUGGGUGUGGUGCCAGGUGCACAGUGCCGUGUACAUGACCAUGUCGGCCUGCACAUUGUUCAACCUGGCCAUCAUGGCCAUGGAUCGGUACUAUGUAAUCUGUUGGGCUCUAAACUACCACAACGUCGUCACAACAUCCCGGGUGCUCUCUCUGAUCACGGCUGCCUGGCUAACCUCCAUCGUGUCCGUGGCUGUCUACCAAAUCAUGAGCAGGUUUGCUGACCCCCACCAGUACAUGCCUGACCUGCUCCUCUGCACACCGCGGGUUACCACGACUUGGGUCAGCCUCAGGUACCAGCUGCCCAUGCUCUGUGUUGCUUCUGCCUUGACAAUCGCGUCUUUUGCUGUCAUCAUCUUCUCCUAUGUGAAGGUCUACCAGCAAGCCAGCAGGCAGCACUCCCUCAUCAAGAGCCAGAAUGAGGGUGACGAUGUGAAGUUCUUGGAGACCAAGGCCGUUAAAACCAUCACUACUCAUUCCAUCAUAUUUCUCAUCUUCUUCGUGUCCUGGUCCCUUCACGGAAUAACCAAGCUGCUCCUCGAGAACUGGACUUUUCCCUCAGAUGCACUCAAAGCUGCCAAUCGCACCUUUCUGCUUGUUUUCCUGACUAUUCCUUGUUAUUCCAACCCUAUAGUGUAUGGCUUUUGCAACACAGAAAUUCAGGAAGCUUUUCUGGACAUGAUCAAACGGAUUCGAACAAAGGGAAAUGAUGUCUUCAUUGGACAGGGCACCACCAAUUCACAUCGUCAUGGACGCGCAAAAAGCUACAGUGAUGACCACGAUGAAAAUCAAGGUUGCCAAGAGGCAGAACAGGUUUAAGAAGACAAUAUUGUGCUUAGUUCAAUAAAUAUAGUGACAGCAGAAUACAGAAAGACUGGAACAUUUAUAAGUACAGCAGACUUCCAGUUCAGGCUUUUUCAGGAAUUUUUAUAGAGAAGAAGAAAAAGUUUGUCAUGCUUGCCCUCUGGGAUUAACAAGGAUGUAGAUAACACCUGAAUGGCAAAGAUGACCCGUACCCAACCCUACACUUGGAUGUACUUUAACAGAGUACAGGCUGCAGUCCUGUAUGAAGACAUGUAGGUCAUCAUAGGGCUAUGAUCAAGGUCAAGUUAAGUUAGAGGCCAUGGGUCAUUUUUGAUGGCCAUAUUAGCAGCCUGGUUCAUUGGGUAUACUGCCCUCCAGGUAAUAAAGAAAUAUUCAUUUUGUUGCAUGAACAGAAUGGCAAAACGGAUUUUCAAGUAUGACAAGAACUUUGCAUUGGCCCAGGUUUAUUGCCUGGCUACAAGUUAUGCAAUACUAUUCCUCAAAGAGUAAACUUCAGAGUGAUGAUAUCAAGCUUGCAUACUGUACAACUAUACAUAAUAAAA